UGACCUCUCAUGUGGCACAGUUCAGUCAACGACACCAUAUAAGAAGGCCACAGAAAUCCCUUGGUUUCAGCAUUUUAUGUUCACUGAAUCAAAAUAAACAAAAUGCCAUCAAACUGGAAGAGGCCAGCUGAUGUUGCAUUUCCUCAAGUUUGGGCUAGGUGUGAAGGCAAAACAACUUUAGCAGAUGGUUCUAAGCUCGUCUACAGAAUACAGGAUGCCACUCCUGAAAUGCAUGAAGAAAUUGUUGACAGACUCAUGAUGGUAUACUUUGUCCGAGAUGAGGAUAUUUGCAAGACAAUUAAUUUAAUGGCAGAUAAAACAUCUAUGGAAGACACUAGAAUAAUGUGGAAGGAAUCACUAAGGCAGAAUGUUGGUCUUGUAGCUAUAAGAGAAUAUCCAGAUGGUCAAGAAGAAAUCAUUGGGACCAAUAUAACAUGUGUUGUCACCAAAGGAGAGAAAUCAAAUCCUGAUGAGGUGAAAGGCGAGGCAAUGAGAAAAAUUUGGCGUAUGUUGAUGGAAGAUCUACCAAAGCAACUUGAUGUAUUUGAGCAUUAUGGGGUGGACCACUACAUGAGUGCUGUGGGACUAACUGUAUUACCAAAAUACAGAGGACAAAAUGUGGGACUUGAGAUUUUACGUGCUCGAUUUCAACUUGUGAAAGGUGUUGGACUGAAGGCAACAGCAACAGCUUUCACUGCCAUGGCCUCUCAAAAACAAGCACAGCGUGCAGGCUAUGAGUUGUUGACUGAAAUGGUAUAUAAUGAUUACAAGGUAGAUGGAAAAGUUGUCUUCCCAGGGAUGACCACACCAUCAGUGAAAUAUAUGGGCAAAUACAUACCUUGAUGAGCAGAACAUAAACUGUAAUGGUCUUUCAGAAACAAAGUAGCAGAGAAAGUGUGUGUUUUUUUUUUUUUUUUUUUUUUUUUUUUUUUUUUUUUUUUUUUUUUUUUUUUUUUUUUUUUGUCAGUGUGAGCACUGUACUGGAAAUCUUUGUGUCAUGGUCAGUAAGGUUUUUGGAAAUGUUGCUAUGUUCUCAUAAGUAAUGGUGCAAAUGAAAAUGUAUUAAACAGUAUGAUUCAGUGCAUGACGCCAACUUGUGUGACAAUGGUGUAUGAAUGAUGUAUUUGAAUUUUCAGCAAACAAGUGUGACUAGAUAAAAUAACAUUGGUAAUUUGUAUUAAACUGACAAAUUUGUAUCAUUGUAAGCUACAUAAGUUCAGAGUAAUAUUUCACUUUGCAGCUUGUAAAAAUUUCUGCCAAAGUAAUAAAUUACAAGGGGGUUCCCUAAGUUUCAGAUAAAACACAAGCACGUAACAUUUAUACACUUUUUCAAUAAACAAUGAAAGCACUCUCUCAGUUCACUAACCCAUUAAUGCAUUUUUUACUGAGAACUGAAGUUCAUGGACUACAAUGCUGAAGAAAUUUUUAUAUAAGUGGAAUUCUAUUUGGAGUUAAGUGUACUUCAUAAUUUUUUCUGAAACAUAAGGAGUAAAAGCCAGUUAUAAAGCACCAUUUAACCUAGUCGGUCUUUAUGAAACAUAAAUGCUACACCCAAAUUAUAUUUUUUCUACUUCUUUGUGGUACCUGAUUGUAGCAUGUACUGAAGCCAAUAUGCUUUCAGUGCAUCACUUGUUUUCAUUUCUGCAUGUUCCCAGUAAGUGGCAACACAUAUGCUUGAAAAAAAGCUGUUUAUUGAAGUCUCUCUUCAGGAAAUAAAGGUAAUUUCUGCUUGUUGUUAAUAA